UGCCUCAACGAGCGUUUCUGCAUCAUAGAAGUGAAAACAUACCGUAUGGAUAUGAGUAUCCCAAUGUUGCAUAUCCAGUAGCACAGUCAAUAGAGCACUCCGUUGGACCGUCAUCGAAACAGCUUGUAAUAGUCAGUUUCAUCGGUCUUUUACUGCUUUUGGCGAUUAUACAGAAUACGCUUAGCGCUGUUAAGCGGAAGGAUGCGAUAAUGGAUCUAUUAUCGUCUAGGCAAAAGCGGGACGUUUACGUUACGCAUGAUUUUCGUUCCGUGACCCCAGAAGAGGAAGAGAUUCUUAAUAAUGAUGCCAGAGUACGCUGCAUACAGAGGACGAUUUGUCUUGAAAAUCGCAAGCUCUUUAGAGAUUUGGGCACACCGGGUAAAAUGCUGGCAAAGUACUUGACGAAAAACAUAGAAAAAUCGUUCAAGUUAUCCUCAGGUUGGGAUCGCCUUGUGAGAGAUGCAGGUGCAGCGGGAAUUCGAGGUGAAAACUGUGAUGUACUUUAUAGAGAUUGCGAGAUUCCUGUAACGAAGGAGAGACAUAAAAACGUCCUCACAAACAUAACAAAUAAUAAUUUUAAUUCAACUUAUUAA